UGAAAAGGACUUGACAUAUUUGGGACGCGUAUCAGUACACAAAAUCAAUUCAACUUUACCCUGAAUAUAUUACAUAGUACAGACGAAAAUCAAAAAUAUGACUAUUGCCUGUAAAUUGUGGUUAUUGGCUGUGGUAGGUACAGCGUUCUUAUAUCAGGAUGGCCCACAAGGCAAUGGCGUUUUAUGCGUAAAAAAAGUCGAACAUUUAUCCAAAGAUAAUUCGUCCGGAGAUAUAUUAUCUGAAGAAAACAAUUCCAGUAGUGAGGAUGAUUUGGAUGGUAGUGGUAUGGCAAGCGACAUCAAAGAUUCCAAUGAAGAUGAUGAUGAUGAUGAUGAUGAUGAUGAGCGUGGCAUUAAAUCGAAAAAAGGAUCCCAAAAAAGUAAGAAUAAAAAUGAUUAUGAUGACGAAGAUGAUGAAGACAGCGAAGACGAAGAAGACGAAGAAGACGAAGAAGAUGGAGAAGAUGAAAAUUCAGCAGAUAGUUCGGACGAAGAUUAUGAGAAAAAUAAAGGGCUCCAUAAGAAUAUCAGACAUAAGAUAAAUAAUAAAAAUAGAAUCGGGGAAAUGCAAAUGUCAACGAUAACUAUCAUCACAGGAAAACCAGAGGAUAUCUUAAAUUAUCUCAACGCAGAUAUAAUGCCUUAUCAACCAGCUGCUUUAAAUUUUAAAAAUAAAUCAAAUUCUAAACUUCUAAAAAAAAUUAAAAGUGCAACUACAAGAACUAAGUCAAGCAAGGRCAAAAAAGAACCAAAUGAAGAUUUGAAGAAUUACAUGAGGCUCAUCUUUAAUAAGAGUUCAAAAAAUAAAAACAACAAACAAAUAGAUUCAGAUGAGAUUUUAAUGACUAUCCUGAAGUCUACGUUGUUACAUUUAUUAAAARAUAUAUAGUUGGAAUCCUUUGAAAAAUCUAUCAGUGUACUUUAUCACCAGAAUGUGUUGGAUAUUACACUUGUGUACAUGACUGCRGCUGUAAUUAAUGAUAAUUAAAUAUCUUCAAAAUAUUUAAAUACAUCGUCUAGAA